AUGUGCUCGAGAAGCAUCCUGCUGAGAGAAGCCUCAACUACCUUAGUAACUCUUAUCGUCCUCGCUGUUUCAUCACUUGCGACCGCUUCUGAGCAUUCAACAAGAAGAGAUGCCACGCAGCCGAACAUUGUGUUCAUACUAGCGGAUGAUUUAGGCUGGAAUGAUGUUGGCUUCCACGGCAGUCGGCAAGUGAAGACACCGAAUAUUGACAAGCUGGCGGAAGAGGGUCUGAUUCUGAACAAUUAUUAUGCGCAACCGGUGUGCUCGCCUAGUAGGGCAGCACUGAUGACUGGUAGGUACCCGAUCAGGACAGGUCUGCAGUUUGCGAUGAUCCGCAACGAUCAGAGAGUAGGUGUACCCCUGGACAUGAAACUUCUUCCCCAACACCUCAGCGAUCUCGGAUAUGAGAACCACGCAGUCGGCAAGUGGCAUCUAGGAUAUUUUGCAGAAGAAUAUCUGCCAACAUUCCGGGGUUUCAAAACAUUCUAUGGACUCUACAAUGCCAAGGGUGACUUCUGGAGUCAUUGGGACGGAGAGAAGGCAAAUCUCGGACUGGACUGGCACUUGGACAUAGGAAAAUUUAACCGGACAAUUUUAGUGGACGAAAUGGGCAUUUACUCAACGCGUGCGUUUUCAGCAAGGGCCACCAAGUUGAUAUCAGAGCAUGAUUUCGAAAGCAAGCCUCUCUUUCUGUAUCUGCCAAUCACUGCACCCCACCAAGCCCAAAGGUAUGACCCGGUUCAAGUCCCGAGAGAUGCAGAAAAGAAAGCGACGGGAACUUAUCACGUUCAGCGCAGAAAGUAUUUGGGCAUGCUGUCAGAAAUGGACACGCUUGUAGGACAAGUCAGAGCAUCUUUGGAGUCUCAAGGAGUCCUCGACAACACAAUCAUUAUCUUCAGUUCUGACAAUGGUGGAACAGCCAACGGACAGUUUGACAACUGGGGAAGUAACUUCCCAUUGAGGUCAGUCAAAGCAUUUCUUUACGAGGGGGGAGUUCGAGUUACCGGACUCAUUUGGGGGAAACCGAUCAAAAACCGAGCAGGGCAAGUUUCUACUGAAAUGAUGCAUAUCAGUGAUUGGUAUCCGACUCUCUAUAGCUUUGCAGGGGGAAAUGUUGCGGAUUUAGACGAUAUUGACAGCUAUGACAUGACAAACGUUUUGACAGGCAAUAAUGUAACAUCGCCAAGAACGGAAUUUGUCAUUAACUUCGAUCCAGCCGAAUGCUCAAAAGGCAUGAGAGUUGGCAAGUAUAAAUAUCUGUUAAACCCGAAUGACUUCUUCAACAAGAAUUUCGACGACUGGUACCAAGCUCCUGGAGAGUGUCCAGGCGCCAAUGAAACCAUGAUUCCAAACACAACGCCUUCUCAGAUAACAUGCGAACCGGUGCCUCGUACACGGAAAGUCGACCUCAGGUGCUUCUCGGAGAAAAGUGGUUUGAAUGAAUGCUUGUAUGACAUCGAAAACGACCCUUGCGAGUACUACAACCUGAUAGAUGACAAGAAAUAUCUAUCGGUAAAAGAAAACAUCCUGGAGCGAAUUAAGUUUUGGGAAAUGAAACAAGUUCAGCCCCUGAUGCCUCCGUCUGAUGCGAGUGCAAACCCCAAGUUUUUCAAUUACACGUGGAAUCCCUGGACAAAAAACACUACUCUCGAUCUACGCAUACGAAAAUACGCGCCUCACUCGAAGAAUUGUUCUUUUCUGUCAACUUCCAGCACCAGCGAACCGUUUUAG